AUGGACGACUCUUCAGGCUACUAUGAAGGUUGGAAUUUUGUAAACUCGCUCAUGACUCCUAAAAGACCUGCCGAAUGUGACAAGAACAUAUUGCCGUCCCGGAGACUAGCACAUUCGAACUACCGAAUCACCACGGUUUCCCUUGAUUCCUCGCUCAAUUCAACAUCGGACGAUUCGGGAUACUUCACUUCUGUUGACCAACCUCCGAGCAGUUCUACUAUUUUCCCACUGAGUCCGGCAUCAUCCAAUCCUCCGGAAUCACCUCAUCCCACACUAGCUGAAAUUCUGUCUUCGAAGAACAAUCCUAACACAACUCCAACGAGACCACUCCCAUUACCCAAGCCAAAAUCACUCUUGCAAGCGCUGCUGGAGGAUGAUACGGAUGUUCCUGCUCCUAUUGCAAAGCGACAAAUUCUAAGAACUGAGGGAUUUGUUCCAGAAGCUCGACGUUAUCGUCGCAGAGAACCUAAUAAACGAAAGGCCGUUGAGACAAAGCAGAAAAGACAAGGACCUUAUGAGGAGAGUUGGCUCAAUGAGGUGUAUUGGUAUAACUUCAACGAUUACAUGAAGAAACAUUAUUAUGAUGUAUUCGCAUGGCCGAUUCCCGAAAAAACAGCUAAGAUUGCCGAUCCAGCCGAACCAAGAUUUUCAACAACCCAGGAAUCAUCUUCUGUCAAUGAAUCAUCGCCAGAUCACAAGCCAGCCUCCAAUCCAGUAACCUCUGUCGAGUCUUCGUUGUCUGAAUAA